AUGGGCGCCUCUCCCUCCACCUUGCGCGUCCUCGCGCCCCUGUCCUUCGCCUACGACUUCGCGGCCCAGCAAUACGGCAUGUUCAGCUCGCCCAACAUGCUCGACGUGCACAACGCCAACCCGGCGGCCUUCUCCCCGCAGCCCUACUUCAUCGGCGGCUUCUUCUUCCCGCAGCAGCUGUUCCAGCUCGCGUGGCUGUGGAAGUUGUGUCGCGGGGAGGGCGACGCGAAGGAGCGGCGCGAGAUGGAGGGCCUGGUGUGGCCGUACGUGGUCGGGAACGUGUGCAUUGGGACGUGGAUGUUCUUCUGGAACGCAAACGACCUCGCCACCUCGAACAUCUUCGUCACCAUCAACACCCUCACGCAGCUCGCAUACAUGAUGACGGCGCUGCCGCCCCUCCGCCCAAAGUCCACGCCCUCGCUCCUCACGCACAUCGUCGCCAAGACGUUCGCUGGGAUCGGCGUACUCGACCUCUUGCACAACACGUCCGCCGCGUACUACAGGGGCGUGCCGCCGAGCGAUCUGGUCAAGGUUGCUACGGGCCUGGGGUUCGCGGCGGCGGCGAGCGCGAGUGAUUGGAUUUUUGGGGGGUGCUUGGUAGAAUGCAUUGAUCCUGGUACUGACUCGGCUGACUUUGUUAGGGAAGGCGCGGGGGCGGAGGAAGAAGACGGUGAUGAGGAUGAAGGUGAAGACAAAGUGGGCCGGAGGGAGGAACAGGUCUGA